AUGAACAACGUCAUAAUCAAAGGCUCACAUAUUGGAAUCCCUAAAUUUCGAAAUACCAAGAAGAGAACUCAUUUGAAGUACUCUCGAGCUGGCUUGGGCUCCAAGCCUGAGCCCAGCCCAAUGAUGAGAGCAAAGAAAAAUCUUGAAGCUUUCCAGCGGAUGAAUCUUCCACAACAAAGCCGGUUCCGGCUUGGUAGUCGGAACUCUGCUACUCCGGUGAGUAUUUCCAAGAGAUAUUGUACUCCUAAAUCCGAAAAAAAAGAGCUUACUCUGCAUCCCAAAGUUUUCAAGACCAAGAAGAGAAACGUACGGUAUCACUAUAUGCUACAAGGAUUCUUUAAAAAGCUCCAUAUAAACGACAAGAGUAGAAAUCUAAAGAAAGAAGGUUGCACAAUGAAGUAUUAAAAACUGUAGAGAAUCCUAUUAAGAAGCCAGAUUUCCAGUAUAUUCCCCAAAGGAUAGCAAAUGGAAAAGUACGUAGAAUUAUCUACUCGCGAGCUGCAAACUAUAAGACAAUCAACCUUACUAAAGGAUCCAAAGAAUCAGGUGCUGUAAAGGGUCUGAACAAGCACAGAAGAAGUGUUAACGUUAAUAUCAAGAAGUCUUUGUUGGCCAAGUAUCAAUCAGGUAGUUAGCUGGUCAUCAAAAUGUC